AUCGAACGUGCGGACCUUUGGUUGCUGAAGGCACCGGUCGGCUCCCGGCAAUCUCAACCACCGACAGUUCGGAAAAGCCGAAAAACAAGACCUACCACAUUACGCAUGCUCUUGUCGUCCUUGUAACAGUGUUCGCUCAACCUUUGACUUAUCACCUAGAUCGCCAAGCAUAGUUUCCAAGAUUCAUAAGCAAGCAUCACUUUCAGCAAAGGAACAUGCUCAAACCACAAGCCAACUCGACUCGAGACGUCGUCUCUUUAGACGGCAUCUGGAACUUUGCCAUUGCAUCAUCGCCCGACAUUGACGCAGAUGCACCAUGGGAUAAUCUCUUGCCACCAAAGCUCCAAGUACCUGUACCUGCCAGCUACAACGAUGUUUUUGCCGAUGAGAAGAUACGCAGUCACGUUGGUUGGGUCUACUAUCAGCGCCAAGUCACGAUACCUCACGGGUGGUCGCCCACGGAUCAGAGAUAUUUCUUGCGAUUUGAUGCAGCAACACACCGCGGACGUGUCUACGCCAAUGACAAGCUGGUCGCUGAUCAUGCUGGCGGAUACACCCCCUUCGAGGCAGACAUCACCGGCUUCAUCAAGCCCGGCGAGAGAUUCCGCCUUACUGUGGCCGUGAGCAACGAGCUAAGCUGGGAGACGAUUCCUCCCGGCAAGAUUGAGGCCCUCGCCAACGGCAAGCGAAAACAGAACUAUCAGCAUGACUUCUUCAACUAUUCUGGGCUUGCACGAUCCGUGUACUUGUGUUCGAAGCCUGCCGUGUCCAUCAGCGAUAUCACUGUCGUAACGGACGUCUCUGAGUCGGGAGCAGGCAAAGUUCAGUAUCAAGUUCAGACUUCGCAGCCAGUGGGAGACGACAAGGUCAAGAUCUCUGUCCUUGACGAGGGGGGGUUGACUGUGGCUCAGGCGAAUGGGACGCAAGAUGAACUGACAAUCAACUCGGCGCAUCUAUGGCAACCUGGCGCGGCUUAUCUGUAUCAACUGCGUGUAGAGAUACUAUCAGAAUCUGACAAAGACGAUGUUCUCGACACCUACGAACUCCCCUUCGGCAUCCGCACAAUCUCAGUCAAAGGCAACCAGUUUCUCGUCAAUGGCAAGCCCUUCUACUUUACGGGCUUUGGCAAGCACGAAGACUCGCCAAUCCGCGGCAAGGGUUUCGAUCCGGCGUAUAUGAUUCACGACUUCCACCUCAUGCGCUGGAUGGGAGCCAACUCCUUCCGUACAGCUCACUACCCGUACGCUGAAGAAGUUCUCGACUACGCCGAUCGACAUGGCAUCGUCGUCAUCAACGAGACCCCGGCGGUGGGAAUCAACCUCGGCAUCAUCGCUGGUGUCUUCGGGCUCAAGGCGCCUUCAACGUUUGCUCCCGACGCAUGUAAUGAGAAGACGCAGGUGGCGCAUGAUCAAGCUAUCAGAGAGCUCGUGGCGCGGGAUAAGAACCAUCCGUCGGUGGUGAUGUGGACGGUCACCAACGAGCCUGCGUCUGCGGAGCCCGGUGCGAGGGAGUACCUAGAGCCGCUGGUCUCGUUGACCCGCGAGCUGGACCCGACUAGACCAGUGUGUUUCGCAAACAUGGGUUUUGCUACGUUCGAGAAGGACCUCGUGACAGACUUGUUCGACGUCAUCUGCUUGAACCGCUAUUAUGGAUGGUACUCCCAGACAGGCGAUCUAGAAGAGGCUGAGAAGGUUCUGGAGAAGGACUUGCUUGGAUGGCAGGCCAAGUACGGCAAGCCCAUGAUCAUGACAGAGUACGGCGCGGAAGCUGUGGCGGGGCUACACGCCGUAUGUGACGUUCCAUGGAGCGAGGAGUACCAAGGGAAGUUCUUGGAAAUGUUUCACCGAGUAUUUGAUCGGAUCGAUAGUGUAGUUGGAGAGCACGUUUGGAACUUUGCGGAUUUCCAGACGACUUCGAGUAUCACCCGCGUGGACGGAAACAAGAAGGGUGUCUUCACGCGGGACAGAAAGCCAAAGGGCUCUGUGCAGGUUUUGAAGGCUAGGUGGACGGCUAUGCAGGCGAGGGAUGUAUGAAUAAGUUCAUGGAAGUAUCAAUAGACUUGGAAGCAUUUCCCAUCUUAUAAUAGUAACCGAAAG